AUUUAAUAAUAAUAAUAUUACUACAACGAAUGAGACGGUGAUAUUAUUAUUAUUGAUUCCAGUUUGAGUUGGUUCCUUACAGAAUCGGGUGUUAUUUUAGUUUUACAACGCCAGAAUAGCAUUGAACUCUUGUUUGAAAGAAAGAAAUAAUAAUAUCACAAACUUAUCGUACUGUUGGAAAGUAAAACCAAGCCUUUUCACCAAACCAGGAAUUCUCUCUCCUGCUCUUUACAGUUCCUAAGGUUUAUGUUCAAUGGUUUAUUUGACAUGGCAGGGGUUUGAUUGAUUGGAGGUAUUGAUAGACGUAAGCAGUUUGUGAUGACUUGUUUCUCUUUCUGUUUUACAAAAAAAAAAGCGUCCUCAGCUAAACAAACAUUCGAAGCUGAUGAAGGGCUUUCGGACAUCAAGAAUAUUAAUCUGUACAGUUACAAGGAAUUGCGGGUUGCCACUGAAGAUUUUAGUCCAGCAAAUAAAAUUGGGGAGGGAGGUUUUGGUUCUGUCUAUAAGGGAACUCUAAAAGAUGGCACUGUGGCUGCUCUAAAGGUAUUGUCAAGUGACUCAAGGCAAGGGGCUCGGGAAUUUUUGACAGAAAUAAAGGUGAUCUCAGAAGUAGAGCAUGAUAACCUGGUUAAGUUGUAUGGUUGCUGUGUGGAAGGAAACCAUAGGAUAUUGGUAUAUGGCUAUCUCGAGAAUAAUAGCCUUGCACAAACACUUCUUGGUAGAGGCCACAGUAGCAUCCAUUUUAAUUGGCAAACACGGUGUAAAAUUUGCGUUGGUGUUGCCCGGGGGCUUGCAUACCUUCAUGAAGACAUCCGCCCACAUAUUAUUCAUAGAGACAUCAAAGCAAGCAAUAUUCUCCUUGAUAAAGACUUAAUGCCCAAAAUUUCAGAUUUUGGCCUUGCAAAGUUCAUUCCACCUAACCUGACCCAUGUUAGUACGCGCGUUGCUGGAACAGCAGGUUAUCUGGCACCUGAAUAUGCGAUUCGAGGUCAAGUGACAAGGAAAGCUGAUAUUUAUAGUUUUGGUGUUCUGCUCUUGGAAAUUGUUACUGGGAGGUGUAACACAAACAGGCGGUUACCUGCUGAAGAACAAUAUCUUCUUGAAAAAGCAUGGUGGAUGUUUGAGAAGGGAGAAUUGCUGAGUUUGGUGGAUGCAUUACUGAAUGAUGAUUUCAAUGUUGAGGAGGCUUGCAGAUUUCUCAAGAUUGGUCUUCUUUGCACCCAAGACAUGCCAAAACUUCGACCAUCUAUGUCCACUGUUGUCGGUAUGCUACUGGGUGAAAUACAUGUAAAUGACAAGGAGAUAACAAAACCAGGCCUGCUUUCUGAUCUCAUGCAUCCAAAAGCUAAAGCUGAUAGAGGCCAGAAAUAUAAGGCUGAAAUGAAGAAUUCGACUGACAUGGCAUCUUCAGGCUUAGGAAAGCUGUAUAAUUCCUCUUCAUCAUCAGAAAACAUUUCCUCCUCAAUUGCUACCAUGACCUUCAACUCAAUAUAUGACCGAACCAAUUAAUUAGAGUACACAAUUUUAUUA